AUGGCAAACACGGCAACAGAGACGCCAAAGCGUCCUAACUUCCUAUUCAUGCUUGCAGAUGACCUUGGCUUCUCCGAUAUUGGAUGCUUUGGUAGUGAAAUCCAAACACCAAACAUUGAUCGUCUAGCCGCAGAUGGAAUCCGCAUGCUGAACCACCACACUGCGGCCGCGUGCUCGCCUACCCGCGCUAUGCUUAUGAGUGGGACAGACGCACACCUUGGUGGCCUUGGCUGCCUAAUUGAAUCCCGGGCCAGUCCCAAGGGUGGAAAGCGGUGGAAUGGUAAGGCGGGGUAUGAAGGAUAUCUGAAUAACGAUGUUGCAACUCUGCCUGAGAUUCUUGGGGAUAAUGGGUACUUCACGGCCAUCUCUGGAAAGUGGCAUCUGGGUCUGCGGGCUAGUCAGGGCCCCUCGGAACGUGGUUUCCAGAAGGCGUUUGCUAUGCUUCCAGGAUGCUGUAGUCAUUAUGCGUGGGAGCCUGUUCAGGAACGGUUCCCGAUGGGUGGGUCGCCGGUCCACACUGAGGGUGGUGUCAAGUUUGAUGUGCCACCAAACACAAAUGAAGACCCGGAAGGGUUCUACUCGUCUGAUUUUUACACUGACCGGCUGAUUGAAUAUCUCGAUACCCGAUCUGAGGCCGAUGAAUCGAAGCCUUUUUUCGCUUUCCUGCCGUAUACAGCUCCACACUGGCCGUUGCAGUGCUCCAAAGCCCAGCGUGACAAAUACAAGGGCAUGUAUGACGAUGGCCCAUAUGCGCUCCGCGAGCGCCGGCUUAAAAAGCUUGCUGAGAUUGGCAUUAUCGAUGAGUCUGUUAUUCCCCAUAGGAUGGAGACUACGACACAAGGCUCAAGCGAGUGGGAGGAGUUUACACCAGAAGAGAAGAGGUGCUCUAGUCGGUCUAUGGAAGCUUACGCUGGUAUGGUGGACUCGAUGGAUUACAACGUCGGCAAGGUUAUUGCGCAUUUGAAGAAGGCUGGGGAGUACGAUAACACUUUUAUUGUGUUCAUGAGUGAUAAUGGAGCAGAGGGUGCAGCAUUGGAAGCAAGACCUGUUAUGGGCGAUAACAUCAAGGCCGCCAUUCACAAGUAUUACGAUAACUCAUACGAGAACAUCGGUAAUUACAACUCAUUCACCUGGCUCGGACCUCUCUGGGCUCAGGCCUCAACCGCUCCAUCACGCCUAUUCAAAGGAUUCCCCUCCCAAGGCGGAAUUCUAGUCCCCUGCGUCGUGAAGCCACCAAAAGACACCUUCCUCCCAUACACCCCAGGUUCCUUCAACCGCUCCUUCAGCACAGUGAUGGACUGGUCCCCAACAUUCCUCGAGCUUGCAGGCAUUAACCUCCCGCCAUCCUUCUCAAAAGAAAAGCUAAGAGGCCACGAAAAGACAACAGUGGUCCAAAAGAUGACCAAGUUCCGCGGCAAGGACGUCCACGCCAUUCGAGGAAAAUCUUGGGUCCCAUUCUUCGCUCGAGGACAGAAAGCCGAAGACGAGGAAUUGUGGCAUAUUCAUUCAUCUUCUGAACCUAUCGGGUGGGAACUAUUCGCCCGCGCAGCUAUGCGCAAGGGCGAUUGGAAGAUUGUUCAUAUUGCAAAGGCAAAUGGUGGUGUUGGGAAGGAUAAUGGUGAUGGGUGGGAAUUGUUUAAUGUUGUUGAGGAUCCUGGUGAGACUAAGGACCUAGCUGCGGCUCAUCCCGAGAAAUAUGCGGAGCUUUUGGCUUGUUGGGAGGAGUAUGUGAAUGAGUGUGGGAUUGUGUGGGGUGAGAAUGCUAUGGAUCCUGGGUUGUCAAUUGAGGAUGCGCCUGAGCUUUGGGAGGAUGAGGUGGAGUUGCAGAAGUGUUGGCUUGGUGCUAAGGCUGGAGAGCGUGUAGAGUAG